AUGGCAGCCAUAUCCACGACAAGUCUUGUCAAAGAAGUUGUCAUUGUUGAUGGCUUGCCGACGGUUGUAUCGAAAAUUUUGCCAAAGAAACGUAAUAACAAGUACGUAAUUGUUGUGAUCCCUGGAAAUCCAGGUUUGGUGGAGUUUUAUGAUGACUUUGUGACCACCUUGUUCAAUUCUCUUCACGGGCAAAGUCCGGUGUACGCUAUUUCACAUGCAGGUAGGCAUUGAUUGAAAGGCAGCCAAUUGAAAGCUGGUGUUUCUAAAGUAAUUGAAAUUUUGACAGAAAUGCUCUCUUCCUUUUCUUCUAUAUUUGUUAUUUCUUCUUAUUAUUAUUAUCAUUAUUUUAAGCUUUCUCUUUUUUCGCUUCUUUAUGCACUAUCUGCAAGUAAGCAACAACUGAAGUCCAUAUUGGCAGGACGUAACAUGUCGAUCAAAGUCGAUCAUCGAAAACGUAGUCGAUAAGUCAAUAGUACUCGAAAUUUGUCGAUAAUUGUCAAUCGACAAGUCAAAUUUGUCGAUAAAAGUCGAUAAUCACAAGAUUUUUAACUGUUUAUCGAUUUUAUCGACAAAUUUUUCAAUCAGCUACGAAAUUCAAGUAACCAAACCAAUAAUAGCUCGAAUGACUUUUUUCAGCUUUUUUAUGAAAGUGUAAAAAGCUCUAAAGUAAAACUCUGUAAAUAAAGCUAAACAACCAAGUGGUCUGUUAUUCAUUGUAGAAUAGAAUGUUUAAAUUACCUCGAGAAAUGAUAACUCGUACCAACCUAGUUCCCAGAGUCUCUCUUGGCAGGAGAGAUGAGAGAUCCUGGGAACUCGAAGUCGUGUUCCUUAGAGGCAACAGAACGGAUCAAAGUUUAGACUGGAUGCCGGAAAAAAUUGAGGCCAGAAAAGUAAUUAAAAAGUAAGGUAAAUUGGCAUUUUAUUUUCGUCAGUGAUUUUACUCAGUUCAACAUUUGACAAACACAAGCUGCAGCUACGACUCUCCUCUCUCUCCACUAGGUUGGCUAAAUUCGCCGGGUUUGUAUGCCCCUUGCUUCUCCUUGCGCCUAUGAUUGUUGUACCAGUCCGCAACCUACGUAUGACAGUAAAAAUACAACGAAUUACGAUUGCCCAGUAUCAGAAAAUAUGAACCCGUGUACAAACAGUUAAUCUCGCUAGAUCUAACCUUGUUCAGACCAAAACGACGUCAGUCACAGGUACUAAGCAGAACUGUUUAUUAAUUCCAGGCGUAGUUGAAUUUGUUAACAGUUGUGUACAUUACAUCAUGUUCGGUUAUAACAGCUUUUAAUCGUUACAGUGACAAUAGGAGCCAAACAACAUACUGGGAAAUUAAAUUUUAACUAAUUGAAGUUUUGAUUGAUAAGCGCAGGAGUUUAAUUAGGUUUAACACAUAUGCAUAUGCAUAAAUCAUUGCUUACAGUGAUAACAGCUGCUAUAAAACACAUACUUCAGAGAGAAUGUCAGAGAUUCCAUCUGAAAUGAUUUGCUUAAUAAAAUACUUUUACUGGAAGAAAAGGGUAGUUUCUCUGUGGUUAUUCAGGUUUAUACGAGCUUACAAUUACAGUACAAGAGCGGUAAAAUGAAGUCUUGGCAUAGCCAAUGCUGCUUUAUUAAAUCUGUCCUCAGCAACUGUACUCUUUUUUCCCGCCAUACAUCGUUUUUUGUAUUUCCGAUUUUGUAUUUGUCGAUUGAAAUCAAUCAAAAUCGAUCAAAGUCGAUCAAAAUCAAUCAUAAUCGAACAAAGUCGAUAAUCACAAGAAAUUGUGUGAUCGACUUUUAUCGAUUUCCGAUAUUUGUCGAUUGAUUUGUAUCGAAAACGAUCCACAACAAUCGAAUUUUAUCGACUAUCGGAAUUAUCGACGUGUUACGUCCUGAUAUUGGACUUCAAUCACAGGUGGACAAAGUUCCCUGAACCAUGUUUCUCUUAUAAAGUAUGAGACCCCGAGUUUUGUAGUGCGCUCAUCUAAAAGUUUUUUUCCUGCCUCUGUUUUAAAAUCCAUGGCUCGAAAUAAUGGCUAGUUGACCGGUCAGAACAUUUCGUCUUGCCAGUCAUGUUGACCGGCCACAUUCGAUCCGGAUUGUAUUGAAAAUGAAAUAAAUUAAAAUUUUCAUGCUGUUCAGUUGUUUCAGUCGUUAUUAGUAUGUGGCGAGUUGCUAUGUGUUGCAGAACUUUGAUCCGAAAUCCUGGGUGAAAUGCGACUAGAACCAUUGUUUACAAUUAGCAUACUGAAGCAGACAUAGGGGUUCACGCACUUCCAGUCACAAAAUUAAAAAUAUUUUCACUUCUAUUAGUUAAGCAACAAUCUUUUAAUUUCUGGAAAUAUAUAAUGCCAGUUUUGGUUCAUGCACCCUUGUUUUAAGAGUUUUAAGAGUUAUUCAUCAUGAAUUUGACUGUUCAGAAAUGAUAUGUGACCGAGCUAAAAUGAACUUGGCUGGUCGUUAUGUCCAAAGACUCCGGAAAUUAUUUCGGACCCUGAAAUCAAAACAUAUGACAGAUUAUCUGUUCCAAAACAUUGUGAACCUCUCUGCCUGUUAUGAAUAUUUUUUGAAAUUACGUAAUUUGCGCUUUAUUUUCCUCCUAUUAGGUCAUUCACCAGCAGAAGAUUACUUGGCAAACCCAGAUCAGAAUUGCUUGUCAGUAGAUGACAAUGAAACAAAAGAAGCAAACAGCCUUCCGUUGAGCCUUAAAGAACAAAUUGGUCACAAAAAUAAAUUCCUUGAGGGCCACAUUUCCACUCACUCUAAAAUAAUACUUAUUGGGCACUCUAUAGGAGCUUAUGUAAUAUUAAAUCUUCUCAGAACUUGCCAGAGGGCAUCAGACAUCACCAAAGCAUUCCUUCUGUUUCCAACAGUUGAGAGAAUGGCCAUUUCUCCAAGUGGACGAUACGUCACUCCAAUGGUGACAUAUUUUAAGUGGUUGGCAAUUGCCUCAAGUGCUGCAUUUUCUAUUUUGCCUGCUUUUGUCAAAGAGUUCCUUGUGCGUUGGUGGUUGAAUGACAGAAAGCGACUGAGUUUAAGCUCAGUGGAGUCUAUCCUUAAACUGCUAACUCCUCAGUCAAUUGAUGGUGUUUUUACAAUGGCACAACACGAGAUGAAGGAGGUAGUUGACCUUGAUGAUGAGGUACCUAUCAUACAAAGUAUAUUAUUACACUGCAAUAAUUUAAUGAAUUAUUUGUUGAAGCCACUUUAUACAUUGAAAAAUUGCAGACUUGGGAGAAUUUCCCUCAAUUUCAAUCUGGGUGGCAUAAAAGCUUUAAAAUUUUUGCAUUUAUUGCAAUAAUUGCAAUAAAUACAAAAAUUGACAUAAAAGAACACACUUCUUAUACAGAGUGGAGUGACACUGUAUGGGACAUCUAGAGUGACCAAAUUUUGCUUGAUAAAAGACAUUAGGGCCAUUUAUAAGAGGAAAAAUCAGACGCAUCUUACAUAGGACGCGUCUUAAAUAAGACGCGAACUUUGCGUAUAAAUGGCACAUUUCGUCUAAAAUAAGACACGGCUUAGCUAAGACGCGUCUUAUUUUAGAACAGCCCUUAACACCUGUUCUUAGAUAAGACGCAUCUUAGCUAAGAAGAGAAAAACUUUGUAUAAAUGACCUUCGCGUCUUAUAUAAGACACAAACUCAUAGUACACAUGCGUUAAUUUUCACACCACGUUAGAUUGCCGUUGCUACGGGCAAUAUUCACACGAAAACAAGUCAAGAACAGAAAUAAGGCGCGAACCUUUUUUACGAGCUGUUCUUGUCUUAGAUAAGACAUGCUCGUAUAAAUGGUACAGUUCACGCCUUAUGUAAGACGUGUCUUAUUUUUCCUCGUAUAAAUGGCCCUAUUGUCACCAACUUGUCAAAGAAGAGAGACCCUAGAAUUAAGCUCUGAUUAUUACUAAACAAGUAGUUAUUGUUUGUCUUUUAAGAGACCCUUCAUUUCCUUGUUUGUUAAUUUGAAGGGGACAAAAAACAAACAACACUGUUGUUCAAAUGGAGCAGUGGAUGUAAGCCUGAUAGCCUGCAUGGUAGGCAUUGAAAGAGGAAGGGAAACGGGGAAUUCAACAGGCACGAGAGUACGAGCAGCAGUCUCCUUCGCUGCCACUUGCGCUGGUGCUCCCUGUCCUUAUGUAGGGAGCAUUGACUCCAGCCCAAGUGGUGGCAAAGUAGUCUAAAGCACAAGGGUGCCUUUUAAAGCCUGCCAUCCAGGCUAUUAGCCUGAUUGUGUGAAUCACCUACUGACGGUGGGAGCCUAUGAUAGUUAGAUAAAUUAUAUAAUUAUAUAUAUAUAUUUUAAUCAGAUCAGAUGAUUAUAUUAACACAGAAAACCAAAAAUCUUUAUUUAUUUAUCUUAAAAAAUACUUGGGGGUACUCCAGAGUUAAAUUGAUGGGAAUGAUUGAAGUAUUUUCUCGGGGUUUUGUUUUUUCCAUUUUGUUUUGGGGUAGAAAAUUUUGGCAAGUAAUUUUUUGGGGACCUUGAUUUAAGUACAGAUUUUUGGGGUAUUCAAAACAAUCUUAAAGCUGGCUAGUACUGCAUGCGUAAAUGUGGAUUGCAUAGUUCUGGACUACCGGAAGAGGAAAAGAUAAAAGCAAAUGGUACAUUGAAUAAAUAACAAGAAACAUUUCUUUAAUCUUGCUUGUAAUGUCUGUAAUUGAUGACUUUAAUGUUGCUCUCUCGGUUAGGUAAUAGAACAAAAUUUAAAGAAGCUGCUAUUUUAUUAUGGAGCCACUGAUCACUGGACUCCAAUCUCGUAUUACGAGGACAUGAAAGAAAAGUUUCCUGAUGGUGAAAUUUAUUUGUGUGAAAGGAAGUUUAAACAUGCGUUUGUUUUGGAGUCUUCAGAAGAGGUUGCAGAAAUGGUAGCAUCUUGGAUACAAGAGGUAAUUGCAUAAAAGGCUGGGACAUUUUAGAUAUUUUAUUGUGAGGCCCUGUUGGUGUAAAAAUUCUGACAAGCAACAUGGCCUUGAAACAGUGACGUAGGACAGCAGAAAUGGCUACAAACAACACAAAGAUGGGUUAAAACUGUGACAGCAACAGAGAAAUACAUUAGUAAAAUACUGACAAUGACAUAGCAUCCUCUUUUAUAUGUGAAAUGGUCAACAGGUUUUGAAAUUCAGACUAGGGACAUAUGUAACCCCUUUAACCCUCUUAACUCCCAAUAGUGACCAACAGCAAUUUUCUCCUAACGAUAUCCAUACAUUGUCAUGAGAUGAGGUUAUGAGAAUUAAUAAAAUUAUCACCUAAAAGAAAGUACUUUGAUCUUUUAUCAAUUCUCUUAACUAAUUAUUAAAGGAAAUGUAUAGAGAUCAGUUCGGAGAAUUUGUAUGUGGAUUUUGGGGCUUAAAGGGUUAAGAGGGCCUCUCUUGUCAGUUUUUUUUGUUCCUAAAAUAGCAGAGACAAAUUUCUUGAACCCAUCUGGCAGAAAAACAUGCUCUAAAGAACUACAUUUCCCAAAAAUCUUUUGAAUGAUCAAAAAUCUUUUAGUUCUGUAUUUAUGAUCAUCAUUUUUAAGAUAAACCAUAACAAAAUUACAACUCACAAAAAGUUUUAAAUGUGAAAGUUUUCAAUUAAACACCACGUUCCAUUACAAAAGAGGCAUGAAAACUAUCAUAACUACUUCAGCACUCUUUUAAUCAAAUGAACAAGGAAAAUAACUGAAAAGUCAAAAAAACCAAUAGGAAUGAAGAAAAUAUUAUUAAAAAGGAUAAUUUUUCAGAAAGCAUUUUAGAAUAAAAAUGGGCGAUAAAAGCACUGAAAGAUGGUGUUUUUAUCACUCGCUCUUAAUCUAAAGUGCUUUACAAAAUCGUUCAUUAUUAGAAUAUCAGAGGGAAAAUUGGAAUAUUACGUGUGUAACUGAUAUAUAGUAGGUAAUGGUAUGUAUUACAGAGCAGGGUAUCUGGGCAAUACGGCUUAAGGUGGCCGUCAACUGAAUGAGAUUAGUGCAGACUUAGUGUAACUGAGUGAGAUUUUGAAGACAAAUAUAAUUGAGGUUUCCCAAUAGAGUUCUUCAUUCCCGUAAUCCCGGCCCAAAAUUUCGUUUAAUCCCGUUAUCCUGAUGGUUAACUUAUUUUUGCAAACUCACAUCCCGCGCAUAAUUUCAAUCCCAAACUUCGUAUCUGCAUUUUGCUUUAAAAUCCCGAAUCCAGAGUUUCAAAAAAGGGAAAUCUAGGAUCCUGAAAAACCUUUUGGGGACCCUCAUAUAAUAACAAUAUUCAUUAUGUUUUUAUAUAUAAUAGGCGUGUUUUUUUUUUUGUUUUACCCCACAAUAAGCCUGUUAAGCAAAGUUCUGUCAGCGCUUUGACAUUAAGGUACCAUAACUCUGUUAUAUAACCUGUUUAAGACCUUGUUACACCAUCGUUUUUGGCUUGCCAAAGUCUGAGAAAUGCGUCAUUUUUAGCUGGGGGCGCAAUCCGGUCAAAUUCCUUGUCUAGUUUAGCAGUUUUGUUAUUAUUAAACUUGCCAACAUUUUAUUGGAUGAAAAUGCCGCAAUGAGGCUGGAAUCCUUGGCACUGUAAUAUUUAAAGUGUGGAUAAUUUUUAGAAUGAAAUGGGUGUAGGGUAGUCAAGACGGAGUGAGACAAUAUUUAGGAUUUAAUUGUGACUCAAAAUUUACAUUUGAAGAAAGGACUGAAAAAAGGUAAAACAAGACAUUCACCGUACUUUACGAACGCAGACGUAUUUCCGGUUGCCGCCUCCGUCUUGGCUGGGAGAGGAGACAUCCGGAAAUACGUCACCAUUCUCAGGCCACCUCACCAAGGUGCCUUUGCACCCGGCACCCAUUGGACUGACUGGUUGGUUUGUAUACUCUUUCGCUGUGAAUUUAUUCUCAUUUCCAGCAAAAAUUCAGCUAGAACGCGGUAAUUCGUCCUUAUGUUUAAAAUUACAUUCACAUUAAAACUAGAGCGAGGGAGGCGUAGCUAAAAUACAUUAGUACGGAGCUAAGCAAAGACGUUUUUGAGCGACCACGUCAACCGGAAGUAGUUUUUUGCAUUCUUGUGCAGUGGCAGUUGUAGUAGACUUGUUACUUUCCUGGGCGGUGGGUUCGCCCAAAUGUUUGGGUAAAUCGUGCCUAUAGGAGUUCAAACACUGCGUCAAGACCCGUCAAGGCAUGUUAAAAUGGAAAUGAUCUCAGUUCCGGUUGACGUACUUCGCUCCAAAACGUCUUUGACUGCAGCCAGCCAUAGCUGAGUAGGAUUGCGGUCGGGCAUCAGCGAAUGAGCUCGGAACUAAAGACCGUGGAGGCUCUAGCUAGAGGAUCAACUGCGGGCCGGCAUUAGUGGAUUGUUUGAGAGCUUGUGAGAAAUGCAUUGUAUUUGGCGGAAAAGGAAUCUAGUCAAAGACGGAAGAUCUACUGCCAUGCAUGAGGCACUUAUUAGAACCUCAAGGGUAAUGGGCUCCUGUAAUUGCACGUCGUAAAUAAAGGGGCUUUCUUUGUC